UCGAGUUUCGUGGUGGCUUCAGGUUGCCAGCUUAUAAGGCAGAUCCCAGGGUUUACAACCCUGGAUGGUUGAGCACAAUCGCUUAUCGCAACGCCGCACUAUAUGUACGCCUCGCACUCAGAUUGACGUCGCUUACUUUCCAGAACUGGAGCAGCAGAAGCUUCGAUUCUCGAUGACGAGACUUACGCACUUGACCUUCUUCCUGCAAUAGUCCCCACGUUGCGCCCGGAGCUUGCUCGUUUCCCUGAUCGUUUAUAAGAGAUAAGAAGAUGCAUGCCGUGGAUUUUUUACGCGUAAACCCAUUUUCUGCGUCUCGACCAGAUGCAGGCGGCGUAUUCGGCCAACGAUAUCAUAGCGGCAAGGAGUUUGCAGGUCUACACGUACCUAUAUACGUCAAUGGCUACAUUCUGGAUCUACGAUUAUGCUUGUUCGUUUCAUCAGGAGUGGACGUUCCUGCUUCAGUCACGCUGGUCCAAGGUGAAAGGCCUUUAUCUCGUCGCACGAUACGUGCCUUUUCUCCUCUUAGCCGGACAUUUAUAUAUGAACUUCAUUCCAAAUGAGAACUCUGAUAAAUGCCAGUUGUUGAACAAUAUUUGCUCAUGUUUCAGCCUGAUAUCAGUCUUUUGUUCUGAAUGCUUUUUUGUCCUCAGGACAUAUACGCUCUGGAACAACAACAAAAUUGUGCUCGCCACCAUGAUCACUACCUUCAUUGCUGUCGUCAUAUCAUCCAUAAGCUAUGCUUUCGCCACUACUGCUACUGCACCAUGGACGACCAGCGGGAUCCCGGGCAUCACAGGAUGCUACCAGAGCUCGUCCGUCGUCCAGCUCUUCAUACCAUUUCUACUCUUAAUUGGGCUUGAAUUUGGUCUCUUGUCCCUCACGCUCAUACGCGCUAUACAGAGCUGGCGGUCGAGCAAUAGCCGUAUUUACGCCGUCCUGGUGAAGCAUAACAUAUUCUACUAUGCAUGCGGUCUGUUCUUCUCGGGGGUAAAUGUCUUCACGUUGCUGCUCUUCCAUUACGGAUAUCAAGCCAUGUUCGAAGAUUUCCAAUUCGUCAUUCUCACGAUCCUUGCCACGCGCAUGCACCUCCACCUAUGGCAUACAGACCGACAUGCACAUGGCUCUAGCGCCUUCGUGUGCAUUCCUAUGUCUGACAUUUCAUCCGCGGGCAGUCCGACGUGACGUUCGGCGUUGUUCAAACGUUCAUGGAGUGGCGCUUGAACUGUACGAGUUUCUGUUGUGGGUGGGAGCUGCGAUGGACCUGUUUAACAUUGGUAGAUAUCGAACUUCCAUUGCUUGCAGUGGUAGAUAAAUGUAUUCAGAUCAAGAUUUUGGGUGUGCUGAAGUCAGAACUUGAAGCACUCCAAACUCGAGCAAUGGAGAGGGCUAUGAAUGGUUUACACUUGACCUGUGACACAGGCCAUCAUUCUGAAACUACCUAAUCCGAUUCUUUA